GGGCGGCCGGACGCGCGAGCUGGUUAGUGAGUAUCGUGGCAGUGCUGAGGUAGGAGGUUCAGCUAGCUCGCAGCCUUGGCUCCACUGGCAGACUCGUGGUCGCUUGGGGCUUUACAGUGCCUCUCGCGCGUGCCACCAUCAACCAUAUCAGGCUCUGGGUCGUCUAACCCACAGCCUGACGACUCCCCACCAUCACAUAUUUCAAGUGAGGACGACUUAAACUUUGCCACGAUGAUUAUGGACGGAAUUGACCCAAUUUCUGCUACAACCAUGGCAGACUCUUCAGCUGUGUCGUUCAGUUUGAUGGGCUUCGAUGCCUUAGUCAAGAACAGUGACUGUAUUCCAUCGCCGUUACCUACGGCGUCAGUUUUCGACCGCUCCACCGAGGACUGCCUCAACACUCCAGUUACCGUAACGGAGAUGCCCUCCUUCUUCGGGCCAACAGAACCACUCCCGGACCCGCCCACAAUGACAGCCUCGGUGGGGAGCGCGGAGGAACAGCGCAGCCCUGCCAGCGAGGGGGACCCCGCGUCCCCUGCCUCCCUGCACCCCAGCCAGCCCCAGGACCCCCAGCACCUCCACCCGACCCCGACCUCAACGCCAUUACAACAAGAGGCUGUGAAGCAGGAGGUGCAGGAGGUGGCCGGGAGCCCCAGCGCUGCCUCCCCAGGGGUGGCGGGCAGCCCCUGCGGCUCCCCUGACGCCGCCAUGUUCCCGCAUCAGGCGGCGGCUGCGGCAGGUGGCGGCGCUCAGAGCAGCGACAGUCAGAAGCUGCAGUACCGCGGCUCCUUCACCACGGCGCCGCCCGCAGCCUCCUUGGCGGGCCCUCAGGUCACCACGCCCUCGCCCACCGCGCUGAACGCCUGGAUCUUCCCGAACUCUCCCUUCCUCGGGUUCCUGCACCAGCCUGCGGGCGGAAGCCAGCAGGUACUGCCGGACCCCGCCGCCUCAGUGUCUGGGGGCUUCCCCACCGGCGGCUACGACGAUCGCCUACCGGCCCUCACGCUCUCCACCACAGACCUCCUCCUGCCCUUCGACACACAAGCCGGGGCGCUCAAACAGCCUCCCACCUACUCCACGUGUUCCUCGGCCUCCGUCGUCACCACCUCCUCCCUCACAGGCGCGCAGCUACAGCAACAGCAGCAGCCGCAACUACCAAUCCCAUCCACGCCGCAACAGCAACCACAACAACAGCAACCUCAGCAACAGCAACCACAACCACAGCAACCUCAGCAACAACCACAGCCGCAACCACAGCAGCAGCAACAACAACAGCAGCAGCAACAACAGCAGCAACAGCAGCAGCAGCAGCAGCAACAGCAGCAGCAGCAACAACAGCAGCAGCAACAGCAACAACAGCAGCAGCAGUUAGCCAACGUCGGCCAAGCAGGAGUGGCGCACGUUCACUUCAGCCGAGGCAUGGUGGGCAAUGUGGGCGGCGUGGGCAACAAGUUCCAGUACUCGGGCUUUACCGCGGAGGUGACUUACGGCGUGACGGGCAGCCUCGGGGAACCAGUAGCGGGCCCGUCGGGCGUGUCGGGAGUGGUCGUGCCCAAACAGGAGCCGCUGUACCAGGACUCCGCUAACCUGGCCGAGUACAACCAGUCCACGAGUAAAGGACAUGAAAUCCUCUCCCAGGUGUACCAACAGAGCCCGCUCCCCCUCAAGCUGCUCCCGGUCAAACCGCGGAAGUACCCCAAUAGACCGAGUAAAACGCCGGUGCACGAGCGCCCCUACGCGUGCCCCGUCGAGAACUGCGACAGACGGUUUUCCCGGUCGGACGAGCUGACGCGGCACAUCCGAAUCCACACGGGCCAGAAGCCCUUCCAGUGCCGGAUCUGCAUGCGGUCGUUCUCCCGCUCGGACCACCUCACCACGCACAUUCGCACGCACACCGGCGAGAAGCCGUUUUCUUGUGAUGUCUGUUCCAGAAAGUUCGCGCGGUCCGACGAAAAGAAAAGACACGCGAAAGUUCAUCUUAAACAGAAGCUCAAAAAGGUUAGUGGCAGCUCCCCGAGCGCGACGGCCCCGACCGCCCCAGCCACGACCACGAGCGGAGUGUCCCUCUCUGCGGCGGGCACCAGCACGCAGCAGCAGCAGCAGCCCCAAGCCCACCUACAGCAGGCCCCCGGCCAGCAACAGCAGCAGCAGCAACAACAGACUGGGCAGCACCAACAGCAGCUGGUGUCGUCGGGAGUUGUUGGCGCCGGCGGGGUGGUGGUGACGACGGUGUAGGCCCCCCACCGCCCCCGGAGCUCUUCCUAAGCUCUCCUACUCCAUUAAGACAUUUUUUACAAGCUUUAACUAAGCUUUAUGGGCGGGGCCAGACACUGCGAUUCCCUGCGCUGGGCGGCAGACGGCAGCGGCAGCCUCUUCUCUCUCACCGCGCCCAUUAUUAACUCUUACCAUUAACCCAUAACUACGGUAACCUCGGGGGCGCCGCGCCACCGCCGGGCGGGAACCUGUGAUAAGGCCUCGCCGUCACCAAUAUUUUUAUAUGUUGAAGUGUGGCAGUGACCGGCCGUGACCUCUGCAGUGUGUGCGGCCGUGACCUCAGAAGUGUGGCAGUGACUGGUGAAGUGUAUCAAAGAUAGGUCGCGCAGCAGUGUCAUGAUCUACGCCACUAAGUCAGUUCUUUAUUUUGGUCUCAUAACUGAGCAUCGCCUUGCGCAGCCUAGCACUGGCGUCUUGUGUCCCUGUGCCAUCAUCAGUGUCAAAUUUUGCCGUGCCAUACCUGACCUUGUACAGUGCCAGUGCCACCAUUCCCGGAGCUUGUGGUCAUGCCAACAGUCCUCCCACGGAUGUUACGGGCUUUGGCGUCACUGUUGAGACCAUGACGUCUCUAGCUUGUCGGCGAUGUCACUGCUGGUAACGUUGGUGUGGCUGACUGUGACAACUCUGACCGAGCAGCGGCGUCGAUGAUCAGACAGUGACGUUUGCUGAUCAAGAAGUGGCGUCACUGAUCAAGUUGUGACGUCACUGAUCAGGCUGUGACGUCACUGAUCAGGCUAUGGCGUCUCUGAUCAGGUUAUGACGUCAUUGAUCAUGUUUUGGCGCCAUAGAUCAUUCAGUCUGUGGCGCCGCUGGUCAGGCUGUGACGUCACUUGAUCAGGCUGUGACGUCACUGAUCAGGCUGUGCUCCUCACUUGUUGUUUUCUAAUAUUUGGAAUGCCAUGUGAUGUUAGAUUGUGAUUUAUGUUGAUUAUUGUGAUCUGUAGCUGUCGACUUUUAUUUAUAUUUUUCUACGUGAAUUUUACGUCCGGAAAUAAGAGAAUAUUGAAAAAAGAGUCCUGGAACUGAUUGCCUUUUCCCACUCUCUUACUGUGUCUCUCACUUUCUCUCCCACUUUCCUUCAUAAGCAGACCGUUUCUCCCUCGGGUAAACUGUCCUCGCCACUGAUUUAAAAAAAAUAUAAAACGUUUCUCUACUAAAUACGAUAAGACUCUGGAUCAGACUCUCUCUCUCUCUCUCUCUUCCUCUCUCUUUCUUUCUCCCUCUCUCCCUCUCUCCCUCCCUUCCUCCAUCUCUCUCUCUCUCUCUUCCCCUGUAUCACGACUGUCCCCCCACCCCCCUGGGUAGCUCUUAAUACCGCCGAGACAAGAGACUGUCACGGCGGGUCAAAGUUGGUGACGAGCUGGAGCCGUGGCGAGCGUGGCGACGUGGGGACUGUCCUCUCUCACCUCCUGCCUCCUAUUUUUUUUUUUUUUUUUA